UGCACUUUUCACAACAUGCACCGUUUAAUCUCCGUGAUUGCGUUGGUUUGCGCGUUGUUUGCGGGUGUGAGCUUUGGGGCCUCGACAACGCCCGUAACAUGGGGUCCGAGUCCCAUCAACACGGUCGCGCUGUCCACCGGCGACUCGCUCCAGUUCACAGUGGGCGCUGGCCAUACUUUGGUGCGGCAACAAAGCUGCAGCUCGGCGCCAUGCUGCACGUUUGGCGCCGGUGACACGAUGAUUGCCGGCUCCGGAGGCGCCGCCACGCAGACCUUCUCGGCUGCUGGCACGUAUUACUAUGCGUGCAAUAUUGGAGCGCACUGCUCGAGUUUGAGCAUGCACCUGCAAGUGGUUGUCACCGAUGCAGUUUCUACCACACCUGCAGUGUCUACCACAGCAGCCACGACUGGCGGUUCAGUUUCGGUUGAGGUCUCCACCACCAGUGCGGUUUCAGUUGACGUCUCGACCACACCCGUCUCGCUCUCCACGACGGCGACGUCAACUGCUGUCAGCCCAACUCACAGUCGCACGAACAAUGGCAACCGUAUUUGCAUCUCGCCUCUGCUUCUCGGGGUCGGCAUUCUUGCGGGCGUCGCGAGAUGUGGCUGAACUUCCGUGUUGAGUGAUUUGUUCUGUUGUUUGAGAAUCAUCAACAAAACCUCUUUGUGCGCAUUCAUAGCUGUACUGGUUGACUCGCGUACUGCACUACAUCGCAAUACAAUUACAAAAUGCUGAGAACCCUAA